AUGGAUGAUUCUGAAGAUGCAAAUGUUGGCUUGGUUAGCAAGGUUGCUAAGAAAGUGCCAGCAGUGAAGCCUCUUGUAAGAAGCAGGACUUUAAAUUCCUUGUUUAUACCUUCUGGUCAAGCUUUGAGACCCUUAGAUAUACAGGACCUAAAUGAUGGUGAUUUGCCCAGAGGAGAACGGGAAACGGGUAAAAAUAAAUUGGAUUCUGAAGGAGAUUCACCAACAAAGGCUCCAGCUAUCUGUUUACCUUCCAAACCUCAAUUUCGAUGGAAAUCCCUUUUUAAAACAUGGAGAAAAAAAUCAACCAAACACUUAUCAAGUAAAGCUUCUGUAAGAAAGAUACGCAAUAUAGUGGGAAAAGGUGGAGACGAUGAGCCAGUCCCAAAUGUAAACGCUGAUAUGUACAAGAUGAAGGCUUCUUGGAUGGUCUUCUCAUUCUCUGAACUUCAAAAGGCAACUGACAACUUCAGCCAAGAUAAUUUGAUUGGAAAAGGUGGCUUUGCAGAAGUUUACAAGGGAUGUUUAAAAGGAGGACAGCUGGUUGCCGUCAAACGCUUAACCACAUUAACACAUGAAGAAAGGAUUACUAGCUUUCUUUCCGAGCUUGGUAUCAUAGCCCAUGUGGAUCAUCCUAAUACAGCCAAGUUAAUUGGCUAUGGAGUAGAACGGGGACUUUACAUUGUUUUACAAUUGUCUUCACUCGGGAGCCUGGGGUCUCUUCUUCAUGGUUCAAGGGAAAUCUUAGAAUGGAGAUUAAGGUAUAAAAUUGCUUUGGGGACAGCUGAUGGUCUUUUGUAUCUUCAUGAGGGCUGUCAAAGGCGAAUUAUUCACAGAGACAUCAAAGCUGAUAAUAUAUUGCUUACAGAGAACUAUGAGGCUCAGAUAUGUGAUUUUGGACUUGCUAAAUGGUUGCCAAGACAAUGGACUCAUCAUAACAUAUCCAAAUUCGAAGGCACUUUUGGUUAUUUUGCUCCUGAAUACUUCAUGCAUGGGAUAGUGGAUGAGAAAACUGAUGUCUAUUCAUUUGGGGUGCUGCUUUUGGAGCUUAUCACGGGGCGGAGAGCUUUCAAUAGUGAAAGUCAAAGCAUUAUGCUAUGGGCAAAACCUUUGCUCGAUGAGCAUGACCUGAAGAUGCUUGUUGAUCCUAUGCUUGGUGUAGAUUAUGAUAAAGAGGAGUUGGAUUGUAUGGUCUUGACUGCUGCCUUAUGUACACAACAAUCUCCAGUGUUACGGCCCCGAAUGAAUCAGGUUGCUAUUCUGCUUAAAGGGGACAAUUACUAUCCCAAGAAAUCGAUAGGUACCCAAACACAGACUCUGCGUAGAACAUAUUCAGAAGAGCUCUUGGAUGCCAAAGAAUACAACUCAACGAAGAAACUUAAUACCCUGCAACGCCAUAGACAGGUUGCCUUUGCUUCCAUAGAAUGACAAAAACCGGAGUGAUGAUCAGGUACCAUAACUUGUAAUAAUUGAACUAAAAAAAGUUUGGUUGGAGGUUCAGAAUCCAGGAAGUAUGUACUCAUUACUCAGCCAUCAAAUUUUAGUUAAAUUGGGAAAUGAUGGCUCGAUAUUAUAGGAAAUCUUAAUGAUUUCUAUCCCUUUUUUUCAUUUUUUUUUUCCUUGAUCGUUGUUGUGUAUUGUUCUGUUGUUCAUGUUCACCUCAGUUACUGAAACUGAAAGUGUAUAUAUCAGAGAAUUGUGAAGAGAGCAUGAAUACAAAUUCUUAUUAAAAAUUCAAAUUCUGCUCCCAAAUAAUAACUACCUCCUUUCUCUUUAGUUAUCAUUAUUUUCCUAUUUAGGUAAUCAUAAAAUACUUGUGAAGUUUCUGAUAUGCUUAAACUUUACAUCAUGUCUGAAUUCUGAUGCAGACUUGUAGAGU